UUUACUAAACGUUGUUUUUAAAUACUGCUCACAUUUUAUUCAACACUAAUUUAAUCUUAAUUUCUAAUUAUUAUUUGCUUGCUUGUUGCAUACACAAUACAUUUUUGCAUUGUAAUGAUGUCACAAGCUGCUUUUGCGCGCAUAACAGGCCUGUCUCUGUGAUUCCUAGUGUUGCUUAACUUUCCAACAGCGAACAACUGUUUUCGUACUUUACGAACCGCACGCACGCAUAAAAUUUCCAAAAGCAAGUGUUUUUUGAAAUAUUAAACAAUAACAAUGGUUGACUAUGAAGAGAAACUCAUCAAAAGUGUUAAAAAUCAUGUAUGCUUGUACAACAAAUCACACAUCGAUUUUCGUCAGCGACAUAAAAGGCACAAUGCGUGGGUGCAAGUCUCGAAGGAGUGCGGAUUGCCAAUUAAGCAAAGUCAAAGCCGCUGGAAAACACUGCGCGAUCGCUUUGUGCGAGAAUAUAAUAAAUGCACAGAUUCACAAACGGAGGCCAGCAAUUGGAUUUACUACAAGAAUCUCCACUUUCUGCUGACCCACAUCAAACUACGAGGAGGCCGCAACCGAAAUGAUCAACAUGAUGUGGAUUUAGAAGACGGAGACUUUUCAAGCCAACAGCAGCUGCUUAGCUUCAAGAAAGAUGAUACAACUUGCAGCUACUCCAGCGAAUUAGCUCUCGAAACGCCGAUCUACAAAAAUGGAUCCUUUGAAGCGUGCAAUAUGGACGAUAUUCUGAGCGAAUCGUCUGCCACAGAACAACAACACUUGCCACAGGAACUGCAGCAAGCACAGGAAGAGUUCCACAAAGUUAUGGGCCUGCUGCAAAACGUGCUGGAGCAGAAGCUCAGCGAGCAGCCAACUUGUACGAUGCAAGCGGAACCAUCGCAAGAUCCGUUCUACAAAUAUCUAGAGAGCAUACUGAGUCGCGUAGAAACCGCUGCACGUGCGGAUAUACAAUUGGAAUUACUCAAUUUUGCAAACACAUUGGUGAAAAAUGCAAAAGCUCAAAGUACAAAUUUGUAAACAAAAUAUUACGAAACAAUCGUGAUAUUGGUAAUUAUCGAUGUUUGUACACAUGCGUAAGUUAUCGAUAAUUUGAGACCAGCUUAAAGGAUUCAGAAUUUGGUCUCUAAAGAUUAUCAAAUUCGAUACCGUGCUUCCAUGAAUCCGAUAUUACCGUUAAGCUAACAUCCUUCAUUAUUACUAGAUCUGAAAAGGGUAAAUAGAAAAGU